AUGGAUUAUAUCAAAAAACAAAUAUGGGGACCAGAUCCAAAAGAACAAGUAAGUAAUAACCUAUAAGUAACCUAUUAGUACUAACAGUUUCAGAUGAGGAAGAUAAAUCAGUUAUUAAGAAAGAAUAAAAGAGAAUUAGACAGAUCUUUAAAUCAAUUACAACCACUUAAGAAGAAAACAGAAGGACUCAUAAAAAAAGCAGUCAAAGAUAAAGAUUAUAAAUCAGCUAGAUUAUACGCUAAGGAAUUAAUCAAUGUGAAUCGACAAUAUAACAAAUUAUAUACUUCCAAAACUAGAAUUGAUUCAAUUACCAUGUCAAUCAACGAACAAUAUCAAAUGAAUCAAUUAACUAAAUCUAUACAUUCAAGUACUUCAAUAAUGAGAGAUGUUAAUCAAUUAGUUCAUAUUGGAGCGGUACUGCAAACCAUGCAAGAAUUAUCUAAAGAAUUAAUGAAAGCUGGAAUUAUAAAUGAAAUGAUGGAUGAUAUGGUUGAUUUAGAUUUUGAAGAAGAUGAAGAAAUUGAAUCGGAAUCUCAAGAAGAAGUAAAUAAAAUAAUUCAAAGUUUGACAGAAGAUAAAUUUAAUGAAAUUGAAAAUGAAGUACCGACUACUCGAUUUGAAGAAGAACCAGAACAAGUUUCAGAAGAAGAAGAAAAUGAGGAUGAACAAGUAUUAGAUGAAAUGAGACAAAGAUUAAAAGCCUUACAAUAA